CGAAAUAUUUGUAUGAAUCAGUAUGGCAGUUAUAAAUACGCUUCAAGCCUUUGUACAAACCGCUCUGGCGCUUUCAUUCAUUUUCAUUGCAGCAUUCAGUGGGUUGGAAGUAAUACCAGAGCGGGCUAAGUUGGAGUACGUAAAUGAAAAAUAUUUUUAUAAUUUAAGCGUGAACGUAAAACGCUAUAGCAGAAGCAGUUCUUACUACUUCAACAUUGAAAUGACGACUAAACAUGUAUGGACAAACAACGUUACGUUGCAUUUAAUUUUUAAUGAGUAUCUUCACAACGAGUAUCAAAGUUCCUUUAUUCAACUACACCACCGGUUCUGUGAUAUAAUAAAAUAUGACAAAUUUAUUGGAACUAUGGUCAAACAAGUCGGCUUAGAAUGCCCCAUGCCAGCUGGUACACUGCAAUUGAUGAACUUCACAUUGAGCCUGGAUAAAUUUCCAAAUGUGUUUCCAUUUCAAAAAUGUCGCGUUGAUGCUGAAGUAACAAUCACUGCUACAAAUGAAUCAAUGGCCGCAAUGUGCUUUUAUGUUUCAUUCAAAGAUACAAAACGAACUUGAAAUUUAAAAAAAAAGAAAUAAACAGCAGUAUCUCUUCGUUUUCUUACUGGUAACGCCACUUUAUAUAGGUUUACGUAUUGUUAUAAUUUUAUGAACAAUGUGUGACAAUCAAUCCAUUUCCUUCGCUUAGUUUUAUUGAUUUUAUUGAGCUCUAGCAAAACAAAUCAUCACCUUCCUUUCAUUCCAAAUUUCAAACCAGAAAAAAUACAUGAAGCCAUCACUCAAAAUGACCCAUAGCUAUACCCCACCCUACUUACAAAAAUACGCAAAACAAUGAUUCUAAGACACGAAGAUUGGAAAGAAAAUUUAUAAUGUUGUCUACAUAACCAUGUCUUAAAACAGCUUCGUAUUGAUGUCUUCGCCUCGAAUAAAUGGCUCGAAAUAGGGAAAUAUAUCCCAGAAACCGAGGAAUUUAUAAUAGCUACUUAGGAUCAGACGCUACACAGCACAUCACCAAAACUUGCACAACCCUCACACAGAGAUAUGACACUCAGAGCAUAAUCAUCAUCAUCCAGCAAAAACUAUCACUCGAACACAAACUUAAAAAUUAGAAGAUUUUGUGCCCUUAAAUGUUAGGUUUGACCAUAUUUCCCGUGAGGAUGUAGCACACAGGAACUUUUUUCUACCCAACAAUCUGUUUGGGAACCCAUCGAGCCCAGAAGAUGAAACGAAAGCGAUCACGAUUUGUGAUGGCACGUAAAUCUAUCUGCAAAAAAGUGGAAAUAAUUUUUGCCAACGCAAGUCUUACAGCCAUCACAAAUACAGAAACCUCCUAAAACCGUUCCUCUUAGUUUCUUGCGAUGGACACAUUAUCGAAGUUAACGGACCAUAUGCUACCACCGCGUCUGACGCAGAUAUAAUGAAUGACAUGCUUAAUAAUGCUGACAGUGGCUUCCACUGGCUGCUCUCAUAUAAUGUGCAUUAUAUGGGACAUAAGCCAUGCACGACAUUUGCCAGCAAUAACCCCUCCAGCUUAUGGAUUAGAGAACAUUAUUGUUGUACCAGACGACGAUGAUUUUAUAGUAUUUAAUAAAACAAAAUAACCCCUG